AUGGUAUCAAUUUGGGAUUUUAGUGGAAGUGCACAGUUGAUAUACCAAAUCAUCUCAAUUCCCUUUGCUUUAAUAUUUUAUUGCUUGGCAACAAAGGGAUACCUAUCCUUGAUUCAAAGGUACAUCUACCUGGGUGUUGGAGGUUUUUCACUUGCUGUUAUAAGCAUGGGCUGGUAUAGUGUUGUCCUGUUUGUUUCUGUGAUAAUGUCUACAUUGCUGAUUUAUUCUGUGGACUCACAAAAAAUACACCGGAGGAUUUUUAUAGUUCAAAUGUUAUGGCAAUCCUUUUGGCAUAUGCUCCUACUUUUCAGGCUUCACUGGCAAGAAGAACCUGCAGAUCCUAGAUUUCUACUGAUGUUGUCCUCCUUGAUGCUGCUUACCCAACGAGUGACUUCUGUUUCCAUGGAUCUUGAAGAGGGAAAAGUGAUUCUUUACCCCAGAUUCAAAGGAAGGAUCUACGCUUCUCACCUCCUCCCUUACACAUGCUACACUCUCUCAUUUGUUUGUUUGCUUGGUGGUCCUCUCUGUCCAUAUGGCCAUUUUAUGUCUUUUGUGCAGAACAUUCAACAAAAUCCUCCACCCUCUCCUCUACACAGAGUUUCUAUGAGACUUUUAUGGGUUUUCAUCUUAGAAGUCAUUAAAUACGUACUAAUAUUUUUUCUCAAAGCUAGUUCAGUAAAUCUGAAUUUCUUUAGUGGUCUACUUUGGAUGUGGAGUCUGUCAUUGGUUUUGAAGAUAACCUACUAUUCUCACUGGGCCCUAAGUGAAUGUCUGAAUAAUGCCAUUGGUCUUGGUUUCUGUGGUAACCACCUGACUGGUUUCCAGUGCUGGAAUAGUCUAUCAGAUGGGGAACUAUGGACCACAGAGACAUCAUGCCGAUUGUCUGAGUUUACCCGCCGAUGGAAUGGCACAACUGCUGCAUGGUUGCGAAGGCUUAUUUACCAGAGAUGCCAGACUUUCCCCUUGGGAUUAACAUUUGGUUUUUCAGCCCUCUGGCAUGGUCUUCAUCCAGGUCAGGUGAAAGGUUUUUUUUUCUGGGCAGUCAGUGUGAAGGCUGAUUAUCAACUUCAUAAUCACUUGAGUCCAAGGCUAACCUCACCAUGGAUAAGGAAGGUAUACAGAUGUUUAAGCUGGAUACAGACCCAGAUGGUCAUGGCAUGUGUUAUUAUCACCAUCGAACUUGGGCAAGUAUCACUAUGGUCCUUUUAUGCCCAAAGCAAAGGAGCCUCAUGGUAG